UAACAAUAUUAUUAUAGGUACCUAUUAUCUAAUAAUUUAUCUUAACAGUGCCGACCGCUGAGUGGCCGAGUUGACACUACUGUCGGCGGAUGAUACUUAAUAAGAGAGUUGAUUGUGUAAGAGUGUAAUUAUUUUAUUCCUCAGUUCCUCACUCGUCUGCUGAUCGUCAACACAGUAUAACUUAUUUAGUUACCUUCGUUAAUCUGUUUCAUUACAGACGUUACUAUUAUUUUUUAUAAACCGUCAUAUUAAAGCAAAUUGCCAUCCCCAUUAUGAGUAUCUUCAGCAAUGUCGAGGAAGCACCGCCCAUCGAAGUGUUCCAUCUAGUGAAAGUCUUCAAUGAAGACAAUGAUCCGUCAAAAGUAAAUUUGACCAUUGGGGCAUAUAGGACAGAUGAAGGCAAACCUUAUUAUAUUCCUGUUGUGAAAAAAGCUGAGAGUGUGGUACUUGAUGGUACAUUGAAUCACGAGUAUUUACCCAUAUUGGGCUUAGAAUCUUUUACUAAAGCUGCAUCGCAACUACUAUUGGGCGAUAUCACUCAGCGACAAGAAGAAGGAACUAUAUUUGGUGUUCAAUCAAUCAGUGGUUCUGGAGCACUUAGAGUGGGUGCAGAAUUCUUAGUCAAACAUUUGAAAUGUACCACAUUCUAUUAUUCUAUACCAACUUGGGAAAAUCAUCAUUUGAUUUUCAUGACUAGUGGAUUUCAAGAUGCCAAAACUUAUCGCUAUUGGAACGAAGAAACAAGAUCUCUCGAUUUUGAAGGAUUUUGUGAAGAUUUAUCAAAUGCACCUGAAAAUGCGGUUAUUAUAUUACAUGGAUGUGCUCAUAAUCCAACUGGCUUAGAUCCCACUGAAGAUCAAUGGAAAAAAAUUGCAGAAAUUAUAAAAGAACAUAAAUUAAUACCGUUCUUUGAUAAUGCCUACCAAGGAUUUGCAUCUGGAGAUUUAGAGAAAGAUGCAUGGUCUGUGCGGUACUUCCUUAGUCAAGGAUUCGAGUUUUUAUGUUCACAAUCAUUUGCCAAAAACUAUGGACUUUAUAAUGAACGAGCAGGAAACUUAACUUUUGUACUGAAUUCUGUGGAAAAUGUCAAGGCUGUAAAAUCUCAGGUGACAAUGAUUGUUAGAGGAAUGUAUUCAAAUCCACCAAACCAUGGUGCACGUACUGUCAGUACAAUAUUAAAUAAUGAUGUAUUCAAAAAUGAAUGGAUGGAUACCUUGAAGCUAAUGACAGAUAGGAUUAUAGCUAUGAGAAAAGCUUUACGAGAAAAUUUGGAAAAGCUUGGUACUAUUGGGACAUGGAAUCAUAUAACUGAUCAAACUGGGAUGUUUUCCUAUACAGGAUUAUCAGCUAGUCAUGUAGAAUAUUUACGAAGCAAAUAUCAUAUUUACAUGUUGCGGUCAGGACGUAUUAACAUUUGUGGACUGAAUACAAAUAAUAUAAAUUAUGUAGCUGAAGCAAUUACCGAUACUUUAUUAAAUGUUGCCAAGUAAAAAUAUAAUAAAAUAACGAGAACCAUUACAAACAAA